GUCGAGAGGGGGCUGCUUGGGAUGAUGUUCUGAAGUUUCAACCGGCCAAGAUCCUCUUUGUUCUUGUCGAGCUCGUAAAGCCUCCUCCAUAUUGAUAUACUCCUCAGUCCUUGCAAGAAGCAUUUCAUAAUCCGUUGGAGGUUCCUUUAAUAGAGAAUGGAAAAAAAUCCCCUUCUCUGAGUCCUUGGAUGAAGGCGCCCAUCAGAAUUUUCGAUACUACCGAAGGUAUUUCCAAUGCAGCACGGGUGAACCGUUAGAUGUACUUACGCAGAGUUUCUUGAGACUUCUAUUUUAGAUUGAAUAAGCUGAGCGGGGUGGGUGUGUACCUCUUGAAACUAAAAAAGUAGCGGAGAAAUAGUAUUGUGAAUUCAUCAAAAGAAGACACAGAUCCAGGUCGCAGCGUAUUGAACCAUCGCAGAGCCGGCCCUACUAAGGUGAAAAAGGGAUCUGCCGAGCAGCCAUCCGGACGAAGGUCUAGCCAGUUCAUCAAUCAGUGGUGGAAUCCUCCAAUUGUUGCUCCAUCACUAUCUUCCUUUUUGGAGAUAAAUAGAGUACUGGUCUAGCCAGUUCACCCGCAUCGUGCCACGUCACUAAACAAUUAGUUUCAACCAGUGGACUAUAAAUAGAGUCCUGGUCUUCUCCAUUUAAUACAACACUUUCUGUACUUCGAAUUAUAUUUCUGUUUUCAAGUUCUGUGCUUCCAACGCUUGUAAGAGACUUCUUCGCCUAUGAUGAAAGGAGAAUUUAAUUAGUACUUUCAACAUCUUGGAUUAACAACUUUCCUGGUUGUAACCAAGUAAAAAUCGGUAGCCUCUUUUAAUUUAUGCAUUUUAGUUUAUUUUAGUAAAGCUUUUGUCUUAAUCAAGUUGUAAGUUUCGAGAAAGGUAUUUGUUAUUUUAUUGUGCAGGGUAAUUCACCCUCCCCCCCUCUUAUCAACCGCAAGGGACCUACAGAUAUCAUAUUAAAAAUAUAAUAAUAUUUAUAUAAACAAAUAGUGUAUUAAAAUUAUAUAUAGAUAAUUAAAAAAGAUUAAUUUAUAUAUUUAAGGAUAUUAUUGUCUUUUAACUAAAAAUUAAGUUGUGAAGCAAUUAUUCAUCAAACAUUCCAACUUUAUUUUGUGUUAGCUUUUGACUUCUAUUUCUAAACACUCAUACUUUAACUUCUCACUAACUUCAAAAUAAUUUUUAUAAGAAUCGCUUUUAAAUAAACAAAGCUCUCCCAAUUACUCUCUUACACUCUGUUUGGAUGGGGUGAGCGAAGGUUCAUUAACGGAAGGGGAAGAGAGGAGAAGGGAGGAAAAGGGAGGGGAAGUAAAGUAUUUAUAUUCUUUUUAUUUUGGAGGGAGGGAAUGAUCAUUAAAGUAACAUGUGUUACCAUGUUUGGGAGGAAUGAGAAGGUAAUGAAGGUUAAAUAUAUAAAGUUAUAAAAUUACCCUCACUUUUGUUAAAGACUUAUACGUUCAAGAGCCUAGUGCAUCGUGCAUACAUUUAUUAGUUAAGACUUGCGCGUUCAAGCAAUUAUAGCUUAUUUGUUAAAGUUGAGUGUUUUUAGUCACGACACAAAUAAUACCUAAAACAAUAUUUUUUGAAAUUAAUAUAAUAAACAGAGAUAAAAUUAGAGUAUAAAUUUUUUUAGUUCCCUUUACCCUUCCUUACAUCUCAAAUCAGGAUGUAAGAAAUUCUUUUAUAGGUAAAGAAGAUAAAGUUUACUCUUUUUUACAUUUCUUUUCCGUAGCUCACUUCCUAUCGAAUAGAGUUUCAAAUUUUCUUUCUUUUUUAAUCUUUCUCUCACAUCCUCCUAAAUAAUGUGUUAGAAUCAUUGGAUUGGCUCAUUCCAUGGGCUUGAACGAACCAACCCGAGCGGAUUACAGAUCUGUCAGUGGUGGGCUCAGAUUGGCCUUGGAUUGAAAAAGAAUUCAAUAAAAAAUUUAAAAUUAAUCCAUUAAUCAAAUAAUCAAACAGAAGAGAAAUUGUAAAGUCUCCUCUACUCUCUCGACCGGGUGAGAUGGUUUCGAAAUCCGAACCGAUCAAAUGAAACAAAAGCCCUUCUCUUCUUAGGUCUCUCUCGUAAAACCCUAUCCCUACCCCAUUCGUUGCCUCGCCGACGCCGUCGCCGCCUCCCUCAGACACUCACCUUCCUAGCUCUAUCUGAUAAUCUAAAUCGCCUGCAGAGAAACACUUCUGAUAGAUCGGCAGUUCGGCAGUGACAGUCCGGCAAUCGCUGAUAUCCAAGCUCGAAUCCCCACCAGUCCGGCAUCGGCAAUCCCUGGUCUCCAUUCUCAAAGCUCCUGUUUGAGUUCAAGUGGCAUAUCUCCUAAUAAUUUGUUUAGAUGCCAUUCAUGAUCUCCUAAAAUCCUACAAAAAGAAAGACAGUGAUGGAGCAGCGAUCGGAGGAUUCCACCGCUGGUUGACGAACUGGCUAGACCUUCGGAGGAUGGCUGCUCGGCAGAUCCCUUUUUCUGAAGAUAUUUUAAAGGAAGAAUUACCUAAAUAGUUUGAACUGCCACAUAUUCCUGAAUAUAAUGGAUCUUCUGAUCUUGAAGAUCAUUUGUGUCGGUUUAAGAAUGUAGCCCUGUUAUAACAGUAUACAGAAGGGAUCAAGUGCCGUCUCUUUCUCACCACCUUAGUGGGGCCAGCUCUGCGAUGGUUCAAUACGCUGCGACCCGGAUCUGUGUCUUCUUUUGAUGAAUUCACAACACUAUUUCUCCGCUACUUUUUUAGUUCCAAGAGGUACACACCCACCCCGCUCAGCUUAUUCAAUCUAAAACAGAAGUCUCAAGAAACUCUGCACAAGUACAUCCAACGGUUCACCUGUGCUGCAUUGGAAAUAACUUCGGGAGUACCGGAAAUUUUGAUGGGCGCCUUCGUCCAAGGACUCAGAGAAGGGGAUUUUUUCCAUUCUCUAUUAGAGGAACCUCCAACGGAUUAUGAAAUGCUUCUUGCAAGGGCUGAGGAGUAUAUCAAUCUGGAGGAGGCUUUACGAGCUUGACAAGAACAAAGAGGAUCUUGGCCGGUUGAUGCUUCAGAACAUCAUCUCGAGUAGCCCCCUCCUCGACCUGUUCAGCAUGUUCAACAGAUGUAACCGCCUUAUACUCUACGAUAUUCUAAAGAAAGGGCUAUGCAAAUUUGUGAUGAGCAUCAAUUCUUGAGAAGACCUAGAGGCUUUGAACAGGGGCUUCAAAGAUGACCCUCCCCCGCUUUAUGUGAUUUUCAUCAGUAAUAUGGGCAUACCACACAUAACUGUCGAGGAUUAGAACGGGAGAGUGGGUCAUUGAGACCUAUCCUCAUAUGAGAAAUAUAUUGACCGACCCUGCUGCUUAUCAACACACACCACCUCCACGCUAUCCUCCCAGACAAGGUUAUCCAAGUCCUCCCCAUCCGGCCCCGCCUCCUCAGAAUCAUCCAGUAGCACCUCAGCAAGAAAGGGCGCUAAUACCGAAUCGUGACUCCAAUCUUGUCAGAAGUAGUCAAAAUGAAGCAGUUGGUGGUGAUUGCCGCAGUUUGAUGUUUUCUAAGUAUAAGAAAAGAAGAAUGUUAUACAAUGGGGAUGUAGGCUCCUUGCUACCUACUUUGUACUCCUCAGACUAUUUUACCAAGCCCUCAAUUGACGAGUUGGCAGCACUAGAGACGAUUGACUCAGGUUAUUGUAGCCGAGUUCCUGAUUUCACUAUUGGAAGAGUGGGUUAUGGUCAAAUUAAAUUCAUAGGAAGCACUGAUGUCAGAUGGUUACAUUUGGACCAGAUUGUAAAAUUUGACAGGAAUUCAGUGGUGGUAUAUACUGAUGAGGCUGACAAACCCCCAGUGGGUCAAGGCCUUAACAAAGCUGCUGAAGUAACUUUGACCCUGAAACUGAGAUCAUUAGAUGCUCAUUCUCCGGAAUUAGAUAGAUUCGGUGAUAUACUAAGGAAACGUGCUGAUAGACAAGGAGCCGUCUUUGUCUCAUUUGAUUUGUCAAGUGGCAAUUGGACAUUCCUAGUGCAUCAUUUCAGUAGAUUUGGAUUGGAUGAUGAAGAAGAAGAGGAUAUUGUCAUGAUUGACAACGAUAGUGAUUCAACCGCAGAGGUAAACGAAUUUCCUGCACAUUCUGCUGGGGCUGUGUUAUCUCAUUCACUUCCAGCUCAUCUGGGUCUUGAUCCUGUAAGAAUGCAAGAAUUGAGGGCAUUGAUGUUUUCUUCUGAGGAGUAUGAAGAUCUUAAUGGAUCAUUCCAAAAGAUUAAUAGUUACAACAAGGAACAGUUAAAGGAGGAUUCCCCAGUAAUCAAUGGCAAAAUAUUGGCUAAUACAACAAUAUUACAUGGUUCUUCCAGGAAGGGAAGGAUUCAAAUUAGUUCUUCACCCAUUCGAAGACCCUCUCAAGCCCUACUGGAGUACAAUCUAAAUAACACUGACUUGAGCCCAUCAAGGGACAUUUUUCUGAGUGGUCAUAGGAAGGGGUUGUCACUAACUAGGCUGACAAAGGUAGAGGGGUUUAGACUGGAGGAGAAGCACCAAACUCCUUUAUCUGGAGGAUACUCUAAGAAUAUAGUAGAUGCUGCUUUGUUCAUGGGUAGAUCUUUUCGAGUUGGAUGGGGACCGAAUGGCAUACUUGUUCAUAGUGGUACUCCAGUAGACAGUCCAAGCUGUGGAUUAUCUUCUCAAGUAAAUAUACAAAAGGUUGCUAUGGACAAAACUGUGAGAGAUAAGAACAAUAAAAUCAAUGAGGAGCUUGUUGAUUUGCAUUUUUCUUCUUUGAUGAAUCUCCACAAGUCGGUAGAACAUGAAACUUCCCAAUUGGUGCAUGAUUCUUUCAAAUUAAAGCUUCUGCGAGUUGAAUGCAGUCGUUUGACUCUUCCUGAAAUUUGCCAGGCUUAUAUUGAGACUAUUGAGAAGGCACAUGAGAUUUCUGAGUUAUCUACAUCUAACCGUGUGUUCUUGAUGCACCAAGUAUCUAUUUGGGCAUUGGUAAGAGUUCUAUUUUCAGAGAGGGAAACAAAUGAACAGUCAAAUGAUGAUGAUAGGGAAGGAAUGAUGCUUGAUACGAAGGAUGAUUCUCUUGACAUGGACGUUGAGGCAAAACCUUUCGCUCGGAGAGCAGAAUUUUCUUUUUGGCUGCAAGAGAGUGUUUGCCAUCGAAUUCAGGAUGAUAUAACCUACUUAAAUGAUUCUAGUGAUUUGGAGCAGAUACUUGUACUUUUAACUGGACGGCAGCUGGAUGCAGCAGUUGAGCUUGCUGCUGCAAGAGGAGAUGUCCGACUAGCUAUUUUACUAAGUCAGGCUGGUGGGUCAAUGGUCAGUCGUUCUGACAUGGCACAACAGUUGGAUAUCUGGAGAAUGAAUGGCAUGGAUUUUAAGUUUAUUGAGAAUGAUAGGUUAAAGUUGUAUGAGUUGCUUGCAGGUAAUAUACAAGAUGCAUUCCAGGUUUCAUCCAUUGACUGGAAAAGGUUUCUAGGGUUGAUAAUGUGGUAUCAACUUCCUCCUGAUACCCCAUUGUCUGUGGUAUUUCAUACUUAUCAGCAGCUUCUCUGUGAAAAAAGAGCUCCUCAUCCUGUCCCAGUUUACAUUGAUGAAGGACCUCUUGAAGAAGAAGAAGUGGACUGGAACAUUGGUGAUAAUCAUGACCUUGCAUAUUAUGUUAUGCUUCUUCAUGCUAAUGAAGACAAGAACUUCAACCAACUGAAAACCAUGUUUAGUGCAUUCUCUUCCACAUAUGAUCCACUUGACUACCACAUGAUCUGGCACCAGCGUGCCAUAUUGGAAGCUAUUGGUGCAUUUAGUUCAAAAGAUCUUAGUAUACUUGACAUGAGUUUUGUUGACCAGUUGCUAUGUCUUGGGUUGUGCCAUUGGGCAAUUUAUGUUGUUCUGCACAUGCCUUACUGCGAUGAUGCACCAUAUAUCCAGGCUAAGCUUAUUAAACAGAUUCUGUGUCAAAAUUGUGAAAUUUGGAGCUCUCAAGAGAAUCAAUAUCAGUUUAUUGAAGAACUUGGUAUACCAUCAGAAUGGAUGCAUGAGGCUCUGGCAAUAUACUUCGAGUAUCAGGGAGAUUUGCCAGAGGCCCUGGAACAUUUUCUUAGAUGCUCUAAUUGGAAAAAAGCUCACUCAAUCUUCAUUACAUCAGUGGCUCAUCACUUAUUCCUAUCAUCUCAAGAUGAAGAGAUUUGGAGAAUCACAAGUUUCAUGGAAGAACAUAAGUCUGAAAUUUCUGACUGGGACCUGGGUGCUGGAAUUUUUUUUGACUUCUACAUUCUAAGGAGUUCAUUGAAAGAGGGGGACAUCAUGAGUGAAACGGACCCUCUUGGAAAGAAAAAUGAUGAAUGCAGAAGCUUUUUUACUCGUUUAAGUGAAUCUCUAUUGAUUUGGGGAAUCAGAUUGCCUGCUGAUGCAAGGUUAACCUACGCAAAGAUGUCAGAAGAACUGUGUAAUCUACUGAUGUCCGUUCCUGGUUUGAGCUCCACAGCGAUGGUUCAGAUGAGCUGCUUUGACACGAUGCUCAUUGCUCCUACUCCGGAAGAUAUGCGAUCCAGUCAUCUGCAGAGCGCGGUUUCAGUCUUCACUUAUUUUCUAUCAGAGAUCUCAACAUGAAUUCUGUAUCAGUGUCAUCUUUUGCCUUUAAACGUCGUUGUCAGAAGAUCCAGUUGUAACCGUGAUGUGAGAUGUCUGCUCGUGUAAAUUCCUGAGUCUUUCUAGUAUGCGAUCUAGCUUGUAGUGAAAAGAAUGGUGAAUCGGUGAAACAGAUUUGAGAUCUAUUGGGUCGAAUCAGUUGGUCCAGCUGGAUUUCAAAAAUAUUGUUUUGAUUGACAAUGUCGGUAAAAAAAAAUACAACACUUUCAUUCUUAAUUUAAUAAAAAAUGAAAUGGCGAGAUAAAUAUUCACACUCAA